CUGAGGACACCAUGGUCUCUUCCUUCUAAACAGCCAGAACCACAGAGGAGACACCAUGCCCCCCACCCUCAGGGCCCUUCUUUGCCUCGGGCUGAGCGUGGGCCUGAAGACCCCAGUGCAUGCAGGGACCCACCCCAAACCCACCCUCUGGGCUGAGCCAGGUUCUGUGAUUCCCAGGGGGAGCCCUGUGACCCUCUGGUGUCAGGGGGCCCUGCAGGCCCAGGAGUUCCGUCUGCAUAAAGAGGGAAGUUCAACACCCUGGGACAGACAGAAGCCACUGGAUCCUGGGAACAAGGCCAAGUUCUCCAUCACACAGAUGACAGAGCCCAGUGCAGGGAGAUAUCAGUGUUAUUAUCUCAGCCAAGGUGUCUGGUCAGAGCGCAGUGAUCCCCUGGAGCUGGUGGUGACAGGAUUCUCCUACUACAGCAAACCCAUCCUCUCAGCCCUGCCCAGCCCUGUUGUGACCUCAGGAGGGACCGUGACCCUCCAGUGUGGCUCAUGGCAGGGAUUUGACAGGUUCAUUCUGACCAAGGAAGGAGAGGACAGGCUCUCCUGGACCCUGGACUCACAGCCUCACCCCAGUGGGCAGUCCCAGGCCCUGUUCCUUGUGAGCCCAGUGAUCCCAGUGACCUCCGGCCUCAGGUGGACAUUCAGAUGUUACGGCUGUUACAGCAAAAUCCCCCAGGUGUGGUCACAACCCAGUGAACCCUUGGAGCUCCUGGUCUUAGGAGCAGCCGACACCAUCGGCCCCUCACACAACAGCUCCGGUAACUCUAGUGACUCCCACCCCCAGGACUACACAGUGGGGAAUCUCAUCCGCAUGGGAGUGGCUCUGCUGGUCCUGCUGGUCCUCGGGGUGCUGCUAUUUCAGGCUCGAGACAGCGAGACAAUGGCCCAGGCUGCCACCAAGACCUGGGACCGUGUCUCUGCUGAGCUGAGCUCUGCAGACACAGGGACCCCAGUCUUUCUGAAGCAUCUGCAGAACCUGAGUAACCACUGUGCAUGGGGAGGACCCACAAGGAGGGCGCCCUGGUCUCUACCUUCUACACAGCUGGGUUCAGAGAGGAGACUCCAUGCCCCCCAUUCUCAUGGCUCUGCUCUGCCUUGGGACUCUCUUGCAGGGCUGAGCCUAGGCCUGAAGACCCCAGUGCAGGGAGGGACCCUCGCCAAGCCCACCCUCUGGGCAGAACCAGGCCCUGUGAUCCCCUGGGGGAGCUCAGUGACCAUCUGCUGUCAGGGGCCCCUGCAGGCCCAGGAGUUCCAUUUGUAUAAAGAUGGAAGCCCAGCAACCUUGGAUAGACAGAUAUCACAGUAUCCCAGGAAGAAUGUCAAGUUCUUUAUCAUACAAAUGACAGAGUUCACUGCAGGGAGAUAUCAGUGUUCAUAUGUCAGCCAAGGUGUCUGGUCAGACCGCAGUGAUCCCCUGGAGCUGGUGGUGACAGGAGUCUACAGCAAACCCAGCCUCUCAGCCCUGCCCAGUCCUGUUGUGACCUCAGGAGGGAAAGCGACCCUCCAGUGUGGCUCAUGGGAGAGAUUUGACAGGUUCAUUCUGACUAAGGAAGGAGAGGACAGGCUCUUCUGGACCCUGGACUCACAGCCACACCCCAGGUGGCAGGUCCAGGCCCUGUUCCCUGUGGGCCCCGUGAACCCCAACCACAGGUGGACAUUCAGAUGCUAUGGUUGUUACAGGAACACAUCCCAGUUGUGGUCACUGCCCAGUGACCCCCUGGAGCUCCUGAUCCAAGGUGGCUCAGGGAAGCCCUCCCUCCUGACCCAGCAGGGCCCCAUCGUGGCCUAUGGACAGAGCCUGACCCUCCAGUGUCUCUCUGGCAUCAGCUAUGACAGAUUUGCUCUGUCCAAGGAAGGGGGACAGGGCCUCCCCCAGAUCAAUGCCCUGCAGCCCCAGGCUGGGCUCUCUCAGGCCAACUUUCUCCUGGACGCUGUGAGCACCUCCCACGGGGGCCGUUACAGGUGCUAUGGUGGACACAACCUCUCCUCUGAGUGGUCAGCCCCCAGUGACCCCCUGGACAUCCUGGUGGCAGGAUGGCUCCCUGACAGACCCUCCCUCUCGGUGCAGCCGGGCCCCGUGGUGGCCUCAGGAGAGAAUGUGACCCUGCUGUGUCAGUCACGGAGAAGGAGUAACACUUUCCUUCUGACCAAGGAGGGGGUAGCCAAUCCCCCCCUGCGUCUCAGUUCACAGUCCCGAGCUCAGAAGCACCAGGCAGAGUUCUCCAUGGGUCCUGUGACCUUGGCCCACGGGGGGACCUACAGGUGCUACAGCACAAACCGCAACAGUCCCUACCUGCUGUCACAGCCCAGUGACCCCCUGGAGCUCCUGGUCUCAGGAGCAGCCGACACCAUCGGCCCCUCACACAACAGCUCAGACAACUCGAGUGACUCCCGCCCCCAGGACCACACAGUGGGGAAUCUCAUCCGCAUGGGCGUGGCUCUGCUGGUCCUGCUGGUCCUCGGGGUGCUGCUGUCUCAGGCUCGAGACAGCGAGAGAAUGGCCCAGGCUGCCACCAGGACCAGAACACAGAAGUAAAGGGGCAUCUCUCAGAGUGGGAGAGACUUGGAAAUGAAGUCGUGUGCCCAGAAGGUUGUGGAAAAUAAUCUGGGACAUGCUGUAUGAGGUGUCUGCAACUCACCGCCCAUGGAGGACUCGUUUUAUUGCUCAUAUGCAGGGGGAGGACUCAUUGCUCAUAUGCACGGAGACAAUCUUUGGACCCUUCUGCCAUUAACUUCUGCCCUUCUCCUCCCAACCAUUGUUGAGUCAUGUGACCGAUUCCUACCUUUUCCCAUUUCAGUUAAAUUAGCGUUGAUCCCACAUGGCAUGGUCAGGGCCACACCUCCCUACACUUUCAGUAAACUCGUUCUUCUUUAUGUCUAAUUCCACCUGCGUUCAUGUUUCUAUGGAGUGUCCAUCCACUCAGUGCACAGCAUGACAUCUAUUUCAAUAAACCCAUGAGCUGGCAUCGCAAACAUUCAGCUCACAAGAGAUAAAUCCCAAAUGGUGUCCUAGCACCCUCUCUCAACCCCACAUGUCUUCAACUUUCCUCAGAUGGCUCCUGGGGGCUUUCUCCAGGAACCUCCUCACAAGGUAUCAAGGCUAUUGUUCUACCCUUGGAAGCAAAGGUAUUUACAUUGCUGUUUUUAAAGAGAACAAAGAGAGAGAGAAAUCUCAGUGGGAGAAAGGUACAUCGGUUAAUUGCCUACCAUAUGUGCCUUAACAGGGAAUUGAACUUGUAAUAUAUGUAUAUGAGCUGACUGGGGACUGAAAUCACAAACUUUUGGUUAUGGGACGGUGCUCCAACCAAUGCAGCCACACCAGCCUGGGGGAAAUGAAGACGUGUUUGUUUGAAGGGAUCCCCUGGGUUGCACUGCCUGGGAAAACCCACUGUUAAAAACACGGUGCAGUAUCCAGAUGAUGCCUUAGAGAAUUGUACAUUGAAACCUAUACAAUUCCAUUAUUCAUGUCAU